AAAACUGAGUCUUAUACUCUUCCAUCAGUUCUAUGGAUUGAAUGCUACGUAUGUUGCUGUCAAGAACCCCAGCUUGAGUUUAAUUCAAUACGGACUAGCGAGGUUGGAUGGCCGUCGGACGCUUGAAAUGCAAGAUUUGGAUUCUUGGAAGGACGAGUCAGACACAGCGAACGUUCUAUUGCGUAUUGAGGAGCCUCUGGUUCUCCAUUCUUUGUGGCACUAUUUAACUGUCGGCGAACCAGCAGGCCUAUCGAGUAUAGCGGAUACUGCUUAUUGUUAUAACGCCCAGUCAAGUAGCAGCGGAGUUGGGCACGGAUACGAAAUGAUUGCAGUGGAGAUGAUUGCAAACGCAAUGGACGGGAUGCAACCUGCAAAUUUGAUCUCUAGGUUUCUUCAAGAUGGUGUGUACACGGUCACUUCACAUGAGUUAGAGAUUCCAGAAAUCUACACUAGAAGAGCGAAGCUUGUGAAACCAAGGAUCCACAGUGAACAAGUGGCGCAGAUGAGACACGAGCAUAGUAAAGGCUCAGAUGUGUAUGAUGUCAACGCAUCAAGAUAUACUCUGCAGGAGUACAUCAAUGCUGUCAAGGAGAGGGACAUUUUCCCAUCCGUUUUAUGGACAGGAGAAUCCGGAUUUGGGCCAGACGCCUUGUUUUUUCUAGACAUGUCGGAGGGAGAUGGAGGUGGUCAAGGACAAGUCUCAGAGACUGACACUGCUUGCUCCACCUCGCAGCAGCAACACCCGAUGAUCCUUGUUCCCGUUCUUGUGCAAGUUAAGACAAGUAAGGCGCUUUACCAGGGUGAAGUCAAUAAUGCUUUUUAUACCUUGGAUCUGAACAAGCUUUUCCAACACAAGAGUACACCGACCCCAACUGAAGUUACUGGUGCUGACUCUCUUCGAGAGUUAGCUCGUAAUGGGUGCAUUAAACUCUUGGUUUCUACAGAUGUUAAUCUGAAGAAGCAGUUAGGUAACCUUUAUUUGAGGGAGGAAGCGUGCAGCAGUCGAGCUUCUAUUAGAAGAGGUGAAAAGAAAAUGAAAGUGGAUCUUGGCACAAAGGCUUUGCUUGGUGUUAUCGAUAAAGAUAACAUCUUGGCUUUCGUUGAUUCAUGGUUGGUGGAGGCUACGUUUGUUCAUAAAGAUGCUAUUUGACUAAAGAUUAAAAGUUAAAUAUAAACUACAAUAUAAAUGUAUUUCAUUCUUA